AUGAUCUGGCCGUGCCCCUCCUCCUCGCCCGAUCCUGAGGUGGAAGCGUGCUUUGCCACCACCACCAUCGGUGAUGACUAUAAUACACCUUUCUGGACGCAAAAUUCUGCAUGGAUGUCGGCGACGGAUCACAACGACCAAGAUGACGACGAUAUUGGUGACGACGAUGAUAACUUGGCAUGGAGUCAGCCUCCUUCGCCGGCGUGGGAGACAAACAAUUUGGCCGAAUCACCCUUCAUUCCCUCUGCGCAGCCCGUGUUCUAUCCCUUUUCGCUGCCUGCAUCGGGCAUUCGUCCGCUAACGCCGCCCUCACCGUUUCGACAGCGACUAGAUUCCAGCGAUUCCUGGAUUUCAGAGCUAGACACGGAUUCAGAAGUCGACGACCUGCUGGAUGAUCUCUUGCAGAGCGUUUCCGGCAUGGCACUGUAA